AUGGCCGAUAAAAACCUAACAGAAGCCGAAAAGAAAUUUCUUGCUUUUGACUGGUCAAGCUCAUCAGAAUGGCAAACUUAUUUUUCGAAUUUAUAUCCAACUCCGGACGCAUCUAAACUUCCCAAGUUCAAGAGGACGUGGUUCAGAAGGAACGUGGACUCGACUCUGGCCGAGGAUUCCACAGUUGGCGACCCAGUUUCACCCAAAAAAGAAACGACAUCUUCACAGCAAUCGUCAACUCCGAAAAUGCCACAUACUAAAUUCUUCGAGAGGUACCAAAACAAGACCAGGCUCCCACUGCUCAAGGAACUCGUUCUGCGCUUUGAACUUGUGCUCCUGAUCGGCUUCGUAAUGUCCGUCUUUGUAGUCAUCACGUCGAAGUUUAAGGCGCCCGGAACUGAGAACCUUGUAAAGAACUGCGUCAACGUCUCCAGGUCCUUCUUUAUAAUUUUCCUCUUCGUGAGAGUGCUCAGAGAGAGGGGACUCCCGAAGAUGAAGAUGGAGUACUUUAACUCGCUGUCAAACGAUCAGUACGUCCAGAGUCUGAUGUACUCCAUUUCGUUUAUCUCAGUUCCACCCAAGGCCCUUUACUACGCGCCUCAGCUCGUGACAUCACUCUUGUGCCUCAGCUCAUUGUACAAGGAGCAUCCAUCACUUUUCCCAAGACUGUUACAGAUUCAAAAGGUCAAGGAAAUUAUGACUAAAGUUGACCAGAAUGGUUACUUUUUAUGUAAAUUACGCGCACACUUGGAGGUUGCAAUUUUGCCAUAUUUAGUCUUACUCGGGUUCACCGGACGCGGAGGCAUUAUGCCACUGUUCCUCUACGUCAGCUUCCUUAAAUUUAAAAUCAACUCAAAGGACGUGUACAUGAUGAACACUCUGAAAGGUGUUCACUUGAAGAUACUUAACGGUCUUAGCAACCCAAAAGUACCAGCAGUCGUCAAAAACAUGUACCAAAGGGCUGUUAAGAGCUUGGAACUUUAUUUCACAGGCCGUCGCCGCUGA